AUGGCGGCAUUAGUGACAUCUCCCACUGCGAUCCACCCGGUCCUCAGUAAUCCUCCGGUCGAGUCCGAGGGAUGCAACAAUAAAUCCCACAUCCCAGAACGUCGCAAGAGCACGCCGAGCUCCAUCAACACUCGACCGAACAUUCCGCUGUUGCCCCUCGACUUAGCCCACCCUAUUUCGUCCAAGAGUAGCAACUUCCCCCCGCCGCUUCACGCCCAAGGCCACCGCAAAAACGCCCUAUCCAGAGAGUCUGUGCCUCGCCAGACCUUUAUGAAGGCGUUGGCCUCGGUUGCUCGCAGUAACAAGCCCGAAGCCCUCUCAUUGACCGGCAUGUUGUCCGCACAACGACCCAGCGCCGACCAGCGCCCUGGCUCGUCCUCGUCUCAGCGACUGUCCGAUGCGCUCAAUGAACUCGCCAACCGGGGCAACACCCCCACUACUGCGCUGCCUUCCAUGCAGUCGCCUUGCUUCUAUCACCAGCGCUUCGAUGACGCCGUGGACAUUGACAAGGUCCUCGAGGAGAUCAAGAACGAUGAGUGGAUGUCCCACUCCAGGCUGGUCCAGACGGCAACGGGCGUGCGUGAGGUAUCCAAGCAGCUCCAGCGCCGGCCCAUUCGCCGAGCGGUCCGCAACAUCAUGAUUGUUACCAAGGCCCGUGACAACGAAUUAGUCCUUCUCACGCGCGAGUUGGCCAUGUGGCUGCUCAGAACUCCACGCUAUGGAUCAGACGUUGGAGUCAAUGUUUACGUCGACGCCAAGCUCCGAAACUCGAAGCGUUUCGGUGCCGCCAGCAUAAUCGAAGACGACUCGCGCUUCCAUUCAAUGCUGCGCUACUGGUCCCCGGAUCUAUGCUGGAGCCAGCCAGAAAAAUUCGAUCUCGUUUUGACUCUCGGGGGUGAUGGUACCGUGUUGUUCACAUCGUGGCUCUUCCAGAGGGUUGUUCCACCCGUGCUGUCUUUCAGUCUCGGAAGUCUCGGCUUCUUGACGAGCUUCGAGUUUGAGAAGUACAAGCAGCAUCUUAACCGCAUCAUGGGAGAGGAAGGCAUGCGUGUCAACCUACGCAUGCGUUUCACCUGUACUGUCUUCCGUGACGGCGCACAUGAAAUGGAAGAGGGCGAGCAAUUCGAGGUUCUCAACGAGCUCGUCAUUGAUCGCGGUCCGUCGCCGUACGUGUCCAACUUGGAGCUGUACGGCGACAAUGAGCUCUUGACCGUUGUCCAGGCGGAUGGCUGUAUUUUCUCCACACCAACUGGAUCAACCGCUUAUUCGCUCUCUGCUGGUGGCUCGCUCGUCCACCCUGACAUUCCGGCCAUCCUUCUCACCCCAAUCUGCCCCCACACUCUUUCCUUCCGGCCCAUGGUCCUCAGUGACACUAUGCUCCUGCGUGUCUCGGUGCCGCGCAAUUCUCGUGCCACAGCUUAUUGCGCCUUCGACGGCAAGGGCCGUGUUGAGCUCAAGCAAGGCGAUCACGUCACCAUCACUGCUUCGCAGUACCCGUUGCCCACUGUUAUGCGCACCGGAACGGAAUGGUUUGACAGCGUCUCUCGCACUCUGCAGUGGAACACUCGUGCCGCCACUCAGAAGGGCUUCGAAAGCCAACAGGACGGCGAAUGCCCCAAGGAAGAGGAGGAGCCCGAAUGGGAUAUUGACACGGACUCGGCUUGCUAUGCUAGCGAAGAAGGCAGCAUCAGCGCCAGUCCAUUGCGGCGUCAGAUGAGCCUCCUGGGCAUGUAA